AAAAAAGAAAAAAAACCCAUAAAUUCAAACGAAAGGAAUUCCUCCUUCAAUAAACCAGCAAAUUAAUAAGAACCCUUUUUCAAGUUUGAUCAAAGUUAACGUUUUUAACCCAUAUUUUUACAUAUGUUAAAAGAUUCGUAGGUUGGAUUUGGUGAUUGGUCCGAACUGUAAGUUUUUUAAAGUUUGGUUCUCCAUGGAUGACAUAAAGAAUGGAUUUUUAUUAUUAUUUUUUUUUGUGAUUGAAUUAUGGAAGUUGGCAUGAGGUUGUAGUAGGACAGUAGUUGAUGUCAUUUUCUUUAAUAAAAAUGGAAGGAAAAAAAAAAAAGUUUUGUUUGAUAAUUAAGGCCAUGAUUUUCAACUAACGGGUUGGAGCUUGGAAAGGCUUAAACUUAAGUAAGAGUAAGUGUUUAGGUCCACCAACUGGUGGUUACGGUUUCAAAACACCCUAACCAUCAAGCUAACACUUGCAUUGACAAAUCCCCCAAAACAACCACUCCCCUCUAUUUCUAUGUUUGUUGUCAAACAAAUGAAGUUUUCUCAUUAACAGAGGGAAAAAGAAAAAAAAAAAAAAAAACAGAACAAUAUCAAAUUUGAUAAUGAUUAUAAAAAGGAACAGAAGCUUCUAGCUGAGAAGUCCUUGUUCCUGUGUGAUUGUACUUGUUUGUCCCCACGUGAGAAAGGUGGAAUGAUUCAUUGUGAUUACUCUUUUGCUUUCGGAGUUUCAGCUUCCAACGAGUUAAGGCUAUCCAUCCAAUUGGAAAGCGAAAGCGCUGUUUGUGACAUGUGUACUAUCAGGAGCAGUUGAAAUUGGGUGCAGAAAGCUUCUUGUUGUCAGCUGAAUUGGAACAACAGCUUCAAGAUGUCUGCUUAUUUCUCAAAUUUAACCAGUCAACAGCAAGAAGCUCUACAGACUCAGUUUCUGCUGAAUUCAAAGCUUAAUACCUAUCACCAAUCCUCUGAUCUUCCUGAAAACAUGAUGUAUCUGAACUCGACUUCCUUGCCUGCAGCACAUGAUUGUGUCGAAUCCCAAUCCUCUGAAAGCAAAGAAGAAAUGCUAUUUAUUGCUCCACAUGGUAACACGGUAAUGAUGCAACCAAUUGUCCACAAUUUUGCUCCAAACUACUCGGAUAGUAACGCGGUGGUGGUGGAUCAACAAGAUUUCACAAGGAAACUGCUUCAUUACCAAAAUGGAGAUCAGAAUCUUCAGCAUCAAGGAUUAUCUCUGAGCCUUGGUAAUCAGGUUGCUGAGAUGCCUUCUUAUCAGAACCAGUAUUCUUUCUUGAGCUCUCAUCAUGUUGAGCACACAGCAGAUGAUAUUCCUCAAAGCAGUGAACUUAGAACGGCCGAAUACUUCUCAUUUGAUUUAGCUGGACCAGCAAACAAUAGCUCCAAGGUAGGAGCAGUUUACGGCCAUCAAUCUUCUUCGAUUUAUCCAAAAGAGAUGACUAGGGAUUUAAAAAUGCACGAAGAGACUGUGAUUUCAGGAGCUAUCUAUAACUCCAAAUAUCUCAAGGCUGCUCAAGAGUUACUCGAUGAAGUAGUCAAUUUACAUCAGGCCCUUAAGCCAUUGGACAAAAACCAUGACAUCAAUUCCACUGGCAAUGUUGCUUCAGAGGAGACUAAGUCGAAACCUGAUGAGCUUUCACCUGCUGAAAAAAAUGAGCUGCAGAACAAAUUGACAAAGCUACUAUCAAUGUUAGAUGAGGUCGACAGGAAAUAUAAACAGUAUUGCCAGCAAAUGCAAAUUGUAGUGUCCUCAUUUGAAAUUGUGGCGGGAUGUGGAGCAGGAAAAUCCUACACAGCACUAGCUCGUCACACAAUCUCUCGCCAGUUUCGCAGCUUGCGUGAUGCAAUCAAGAGCCAGAUUCAAUCAGUGCAGCAAAACUUAGGAGAGGAAGGUGCAGCCAACAGUAAUCAAGUGGUAGGAUUAUCUCGUCUGCGCUACGUGGACCAGCAACUGAGGCAGCAAAGGGCUCUUCUACAGUUUGGUGUAAUGAGACAACCUUGGAGGCCUCAAAGAGGCUUGCCUGAAACUGCAGUUUCUGUCCUGCGUGCCUGGCUUUUUGAGCAUUUUCUUCAUCCUUACCCAAAAGAUUCUGAGAAAAUCAUGUUAGCCAGACAGACAGGCUUGAGCCGAGGCCAGGUUGCAAAUUGGUUUAUCAAUGCACGGGUGCGGCUCUGGAAACCGAUGAUUGAGGAGAUGUACAAAGAGGAGUUUGCUGAUAUGGAAGCUGAUUCUAGAUCCUCACCAGAACAUGCACAAGCCACAGGAAGAUUGAAGUCGGAAUCUGAGGUCACGGGAGAAGAGCCUAAUGAAGGCUCAAGAUCCUUGGGCACCGAUUAUAAUAUUUCGAAUCGCAAAGUUGAUGCCUAUACAGCAAGAUUAGGCCUCCAGAGCAGUUCUUUUAAAGAAGACAGGAUGGAUUCUGAUAUCAACAGAUCACGUAGAGAGGACAUAGGUAGCAUGGUUGAUCAUAACAAUGCCUGUCCGGGUGAAAUAAUAAGAUCUAACGCGAUAGAUAUUCGUGCUUCUGCUUCUAAUGCAUACAAUUUCUCUAUGUUGGCUGGUACAGUAGGGAACCAAGUCUCACUUGCACUUGGUUUACAGCAUCCUGUGAAAGAGACCAUCAGAAUACCUGGUGGAACACAGAAUUCAUCAGGAAUGGAAGAUAAUGCAGCUAACUCUUCAUCUGUGGGGCUUGACAAAGCAGAAUAUUACUGUCUAGAUGGCCUAAAUCAACAAGAAAGAUAUUCCAACCCGCAACAUUUAUUAUCUGAUUUUGUUCUGUGACCAUAGGAUGGCCUGAUCUCCCGAUGAAGUUUUGCCAGUGCUGAAUCUAUUAGGUAUUGGAAAAUAAAUCAUGUAAGUUUUGUUGCUUCAAAAAUGCUUUGGUUAGCUUACAGAUUUCCAGGAUUAUCUGGAAAAAAGAAAAAAAAUCAUUCGUGAAAUGGAUUACCAAAUGUAUAUAUGCUCAAAUGGAUAAUCUGUUGAUGUAUACUAGAAGAAAAAUAUGGUGGCAGGAUUAGCUUAAUUGUAAAGUAAAAACAUACACACGUAUAUUCUGGUGUAUUCUUUGGAGACCAAUAAAUCUCAGAAAAGUACUAAAGUUCAGUUCUUUAAUGAAGAACAUAGCAUUAUUGACUCAAUAUAUGUAUUCCAUGCAUGAAAUUCAGAAAGUAGUUCCAUUAAUGUCAUUUCAUUUAUCCACUGGAUCUUCUUCUUGAGGGUGUUUGUUUUUUGGUUGAAAUUGGUAGUGUGGCUGAUACAGUUAAGAGAGGCAGGAAGCCUAACUUUUUUCUUAAUACUGUACUAUAUUAAUUUCCUCAUCAGUCGGCUGUUUUCAGAUGGUACAGACACUUUAAUCAGCAAGUGGGGUCUUUAGUCCUUGCGGUUCUAAUCAAUUUCAUUGACAAAAUCAAAGGGACCCAUGUAUUAAUUUUGUAAAGAAUAUGAUAUCAUUGGUAUGAAUCACUUCCCAAAAUCUAUUGUAAAAUCUAUCAAAUC